UUUAACGCCUCGUUCUGUGCUGUGACGUUGAGCAGCAACAUGGCGCUUUGGGGGAGAGGUGUUUCAUGAUAGUCAGGUCUAUUGAUUAACUUACUUUAGCUCUGUUUUUUUUAAAUAACAUUCAGCUACAUACACCAAAUAUGAUAGGUCGUGAAAGGUGAUCUCUCCUUCUUUGUCUAUGGACAACCGAGCAUUAUAUUUCGUAGCGGUGUUUGCUGUCGUCAGCUGAAACUAGUAGCAUUGACAUGCUAGCUGAAGCUAGUUAUCCGGCUAAUAGUAAGUCACUGACGUGAAAAGAUAGAAAAUAUGCUAGAUUAUGUAGCCUACACUGACGUUAAACGGAUUAUCAAUGAUUGAGACUCUUAAUUUUACAUCAAACCAGCCAUUUACUAUUUAGGACGACGAUUCCUAUUAGCUAUCAUUUUGUUAGCUAAGCUAGGAGGAUGAAGAGCCGCCAUGGAUAUGUUUUGUUGCUGGCCAGUGGGCUUUUUCUGUCGGCAUUCUGUCUGUCUGAAGGUGCCCCUCUUCUGUAUCCUCACGAAUCAGGUGGAAGCACAGGUGACACGUUGUCUGUGUCUCUCUACAUGUCCCUGGUUGUGUCCCUGACGGCGCUUGUGGCCUUGGUGGUGCUGCUUGUGAAUUGUGUGACCUGCUGCAAGGAGAGGGAGAUCAACUUCAAGGAGUUUGAGGACCACUUUGAUGAUGAGAUUGACUUCACUCCACCGGCAGAGGACACUCCGUCUAUGCAGUCCCCAGCUGAGGUGUACACCCUCGCUGUGUCCCCUGUGGCCCUACCUGGACCCCCACACCUCCAACCUCCUGCUCGCAUCACAGAGGGAUCUACGGGAUUCCAGGUAGCACGUCACAGCCUGAGUUACAUCCAAGAGAUCGGAAAUGGCUGGUUUGGUCAGGUGCUUCUUAGUGAAAUCUACACAGAUCCAGGUGGAGCCAGAGUGGUUGUGAAGGAGUUAAAAGCUAAUGCAAGUGCUAAGGAGCAGAAUGAUUUCCUACAGCAAGGGGACCCAUACAGAGUACUGCAGCACCCAAACAUCCUCCAGUGCUUGGGACAGUGUGUUGAGGCCAUUCCCUUCUUGCUUGUCUUUGAGUACUGUGAAAUGGGAGAUUUGCGAGGAUAUCUGUCUCAGCAGGAUUGGAUGUUCAGAAACGCUGAGUUGCUGCAGCUGCAGAGGAUGGCCUGUGAAAUUGCUGCUGGCGUCACUCACCUUCACAAACACAACUUCCUGCACAGUGAUCUGGCUCUAAGGAAUUGCUACCUGACUGCAGACCUUACAGUCAAAGUAGGGGAUUAUGGAAUUGGACCCUACAGAUACAAAGAGGAUUACAUCAUUACAGAGGAUGAUGUGUUUGCACCCCUUCGCUGGUUGGCUCCUGAGCUGGUGGGCGAGCGCCAUGGGGGUGUGAUUACUAUGGAGCAGACCAAGCCCAGCAAUGUAUGGGCCUUGGGGGUCACACUGUGGGAGCUCCUCGAGAAUGCCUCUCAGCCGUACCCGCAUCUGUCUGACCGGGAGGUUCUCAAUCAUGUGAUCAAGGAUCAACAAGUCAAACUCUUUAAACCACAGCUGGAGCUUCCAUACUCUGAAAGAUGGUACGAGGUCCUACAGUUCUGCUGGCUGUCUCCAGACAAACGGGCCACAGCAGAGGAAGUGCACCGUUUGCUUAUCUACCUGCGCAUGCAAGGCCAGAAAGACAUAGAAGAAGAUUUUGAACAACGCUGGGAUGCUCUCAAGCCUAACCCUUCCACACGGCAGACCACUGUUAGCCACUCCUCUUUCCCAAUCUUGGAACAGUUUGCUGAAGAUGCUUUGCGACAAGAAAUUGACGAAGUUCUUACGGUUACUGAAACAAGCAAAGGUCUUAGCUUUGAGUAUGUUUGGGAGGCAGCCAAGCAUGAUCAUUACGAUGGUAGCCAUGGACGCUCAGGCAUGGACACAACAUUGAACUAUCACAGCAUGUUCUUUCCCGUUUCCAGUGAGGACAUCCAGGCCCAUUUCCCUGAUCCUGUAGCCACAACAGCAGGCAAAGAAAGUGGUAACACUUCUUCAGGAAUUCCUGGUAUUGUGCCAGUGUUUGAUGUGCAAAAGCCAUCUAAUGGAAAUGAAUAUUACAUUCAACUGGAAGAACAAGGGGAGAGCACAGUCGGGGAAGAUGGGAACAGAGGGCAAGACAUGGACUUCACUUCAGUUCAGCAAGACUUUGUUGUUCUCCAAGAUGUCCGUCUGGAUGAAUCUAGUACUGAUGCUGAUUUUUUCCACCAAAGCAUUGACUCUAAGGAUUCCUAUUUACCAGACAGCCACAUCUGGUCAUCUCUUGAAAAUGACAGUCCAUACCACACCAACAUUUUCACUGAAACGGGGUCCAAGCAAGAGGACUCUCCUUCCUGGAGAACAAAUUUUGUGGAGCUUCCAGAGCGCAAUGGGAACUCUUUUCAUGAAGGUGCACCUUUAGAAGUCUCGGAGGUGGACACAGAUAAAAGCUAUGGGGAUUCUUUUUUAGGGGAUUGUUCAGAAGCCCCUCACCUGGAGGAUUCUGUGACAGAGGAGAGGGAGAACACAGAUGUGAAGAGGCUUCUGAACACUGAAAAACUAGUUGACAACUUCAUGUUUCUCAAAGACCAGAGUCUGAUGAGAGAGAGAACUAGUUCAUCAAGUCCACAGGAGAAUUUUCUUUUACCUGGUGUAGCCCAUGAACCAGAAGACACAUUCAGAAUGCAUUCUUGGGACAACCUUGAGGCUUUAGGCAGCUUAACCACAGCAGAUACAUAUUUAAAACCUGCAGCAAGUAGCACAUCCUCUAGGCAGGAACUUUUAGACUCUCAAAGUGCCAGUUUGGGGGAUGUUUGUCAGUCUCUGGUUGAAAAUGAAACACUGGUGCCUUUCAUUACAGUGGUCACAGAAGAUGACAUAAGCAACCAGCUGCCAGUUAGAAAUAGUUCUUCCACUGAAGACCUUGGUCUGCUGCAAUCCUCAGACAGAGGUAUAGACUCUGGUUUUGAUUCUACCUCAGAGAGGUUUGAGAUCAUCAUCAGUCAUGAUGACUCUGAAAGUGCCACUACAGACUUACUGUGCACAGAUGCCAAACUUGCUAGCCUUGAAGACGACCUUGGAACCUCAAUGGAUAAUGUUCAGCCCAUACAAGGUAAAAUGCCUGAAAACCUGCAAGUCCAAGUAUUGCCCUCAGACAACGAACGCAGUGAAGACCUAACAAGUAAUGACCUGUUGAGCGAAUUAAUUGAAGAUGCAGAUAUAGAGCUGGAAACUACUCUGUCUGAUCAUGAAGAAUCCUUUACGGAUACCAGUGGGCGUCCUCUUGUCAGAUCUUCUUUGUUGGUCUCUGGGCCAUCCUUGGACCAGAUCAGCCAGGACAGUUUACUGGAAGACAGUAUGUCCACCACUCUACCAACUGUAGAUAAUUCAGCUGAGACACCAGACUCUUUAGACUCUCUGGACAUCCACAGACUAGGUGAACAAGGCGAAGAACUCAGUGCUCAAAUAGCUCAACACAAACUCCAGCCUCCAUACAAAAUAUCAGACAGUGGGUAUGAGACAGAGAAUCUGGAGUCUCCUGAAUGGAACUCUCAGGUUAUUGUCAAAGACCACUCCCCUGUCAAAAAUGGCUUGAGUGUUGCCAAAGAAGAGGAGGAGACAGUAGAGCCUACACCUGUAGCAAAUCUGGUUCCACCAGAAAUCAUCAUCUCAGAAGUAGAGGGUGUGCUGAAUGCUUACAGUGAAGAUCACAAUGAGGUUGAGCGACCAGAUCAUGUAGCCCCUGUUGAGGAGCCAUUCAUGGGCAGUAAUUACAGAGACUCUGCCUACUUCUCAGACAAUGAAUCGGAGCCUGAGAAGAAGUCUGAAGAAACAGUUGCGGGAGGUUCUGGUGAAGUCUCUUGGCUGAGGAACUCUACAGACACUGCUGGAGGCCUAGCAAAGCAGGUUAAUGUUGAGAGAGAUAUAGAUUCUUUAUUUUCUCAGCAAGAAUCUUCUCUAGCUGCUGAAGGACAGGCUGGAGGCAUAUCUGAUCUUCGUGAUGGGUCUGUUUUACCAGAGACCAAUUUCACAGAGAAAUGUGAGGAGACGACAGAGUCUACCAACAGUCAUAAUGAAGGUGGAACCCAACCAGAGGUGUUGAAGGACGUCACAGCUCCUGAUCAACAAGACCCAUCACAAAAUCUAGAAACCUCAGCCCCACUUCCUCCUGCUGCACCUUCAGAGCCAUUGCCAGAGAACGCAAGUCAUGCUAAACUAACCAGGACCUACGCUAGUGAUGGUCAUAAGAUAAAAGAGCCAGACAUGGAGGGGCGUUACCUGGGGAGGCGGGAUGAUUCAGGUUUAGAUGGACAGGAGGAUGGCGUAGAUGCGGACGAGGAGGACGAGAACAGCGAUGACUCCGAUGAUGAUAUCCAUGCAUACCAGCUACACAGUUCCAGCUCAGAAAGUGAAGAUGACGUGCAUAUUGUACCACUUAUUGUCUCAGAUGACAGCAGCGCAAAGAACCUGAAGAGCUUGUUGAAGCCCACCACACUCAACAUAGAGGCAUCAUCCUCCCCAAAUCCUGUGAAGAGCAAUGCAGAUAACUCCAGAAGAGCUGUGUCUUUCUUCGACGAUGUCACUGUUUACCUGUUUGACCAGGAGACUCCCACCAAGGAACUGGGUGACCACUCCUCGAGUUCAAAUAGUCAGGUACCAGAGUUCAGCAGCCCAGUGCCUGCUGCCAGCUACCUGAACCGGUUCACAAACUCUGAAAGCUCCACAGAUGAAGAAGGUGGUGGGUUUGAGUGGGAUGAUGACUUCUCCUCCCCUGCUCCUGCCUUCUUGCCCAAGACGGAUAAAGACCCCGUAUCGAAGGCUAUGUCUUCAUCAGCAGUAUCUCGCUUUUCCUCUCCGCCCCCGACAGUAGGGCGUGCGCUGGAGUCCAGCUGGACCAGCUCCUCAAACUACUCUCGUUUCUCCAUCUCACCGGCCAGCAUCGCCAGCUUCUCCCUCACACAUCUCACCGACUCUGACAUCGAACAAGGAGGAAGCAGUGAAGAUGGAGAGAAGGACUAGUCUGAUAACUGAAGGGACUAUUCAUCAUCACACUCAUUAAAAAAAAAAAACAAAAGCAAAACAAGAAAGAACCUAUACUCGCACUUUUUUGGGAAUGGAGAACUGCUGAAUAAAGACAGCAGACACGGUUUGUGAGGCAAACCUGCGGAUGCUUCUCUCAGGCAGAACUGUUCUUUACCUACAUGGAGAUGACCAUGAGAACAAUGGCUGCACACUAACUUUGAGCAAAUAAGACAGACAAGGCCCAGUACCGGUCUGAGCCACAUCACCUCUCCAGCUUGCAUCAGUGUGUGUGAUUUCAGUUCAGUGCAAUUCCACUUUGGAGGGGAGGAUAAAACAAACAAACAAACAAAAAAAACUCUUAAAUGUUUGCUUUAAAGACUCAUCAAGCACAUUCCAGGUGUUUGGCUGCUUAUUUUUUUGUGUGUCAAGUGCACUCCUUUUCUUGAGGACUUUUGCAUCAACCCCCCCUCCCAAAAAAAAAACAAAAAAAAUAUAUAUAUAUAAAAAAAGAGUUGACUCAACACACUGGGCUGGCAAACUUAUCACUACAGCCAAAUCGGAAUAAGCUCUUUGAUUUCAGCUGACCUAAAGCUGAAUAUCCAAGUUUAUAUUCUAACAUUGUUUAAUUAUGCUCCUUCAUGUUGGACGAUUAUAUCAGUGGUUGCCUUUUGUUUUGUUUUUUCAUAACACCUUAUUGAGUAUUGGUCCCAGUCUUCUGUUUGGAGAGAGACUAUGUGUUGUAUCCUUCUGUAGCAGCAUUUGAAUAAGAAGGGUUGCUUAGGUAGCGCCAUCCGUGCAUAGGAUCACUACCUUAACUAAAAAUUUCCUCUUCUUGGGGGUAACACACUGUAUGUUCUUUGAAAGGAACAUUUACAGUAAGUAGUUUCAUAUUUUUGAGACAUCUCAGUGAGAAUGGUUGGUGUUAUUAGACAAAGAUAGUCACACUAAUACUAACAGAGGUGAUUCAACUGAAAGACAGUCACGAGGAAACACUAAAAACACAAGACAAGUUAUUCAUGUUGUAAUGCUUGAUGUUAUGCUCUGAAAAUGUGCAGGAAGUUGCCCAGAUGGUUUUGUCCCAAUUACUUGUCACUGGGUUGUUUUUUUUUUUUUUUAAAUCUCAGUGCCUGUGAUGCUGUAAAAGAAAAUGAUAACAACAGCUGCACUCCUCUAUUUACUAUCACUACAAAAUUUGAAAUUGUGCAUUUUGGGAGAUUGUGAAAAAAAAAAAAAGUGGGAGAUUUUAUUUUUUAAAUGUCAGAAUGAAGAAAUGUAAUGAGCUGUUUGUAAACAAACGUGCAAUGAGUUAUAAUAAUCAGUUUGCAUACAAGUUCAUAGGAAGAUCCGGUGAGCGUGGCAACGUUUCUUCUGUGAUGUGCAGGGACUUAAAGCUUCACUACUAGAACAAAAAAAAAAAGGAAAGAAAAAAAAAGAAAAACUAAAACACUGCUGCUUGUAUCAGUUUAAUGAACAGAGUUGUCUGCCUUUUUUUUUCCACUUUGUGUCAAACUUAAUUAACUUAUUCAGAUGGCAUUUUUCUCCUUAAAAAAAUAGAAAGAAACCCUGUCCAGUUGAGCAUUUUUGAGCAUUUCAUUAAUUCCAGUUUUCCAAUAUUUUUGUGUACAGAUAAUAAUACACUGUUCUUUGAAACUGUAGGUAGUACAGUUGCUGUUUGGUUCUUUCUUUUUAAUGACUCAAACACCUAAAGGUUUUGUCACAGAUGACCUGAUGAACAGCUAAACUUCACCUGUAGUGUAUAGUGUCCAUCUCACCUGCCCCAUACAGAAGGCACUGUACAGUAUCGUAGACAUUGUUAACCUCUGUUAAAAACCAGCAGCCUGUGCUUCAGUUUAAACUUGAACAUUUAUUUAAAGAAAUCUUGUUUUAUUUGACUACAGUAUACAUUUGCUUAAUCUUGCACAUUUGAAAAAUGUAACUUAAUGUUGAACUGUACUGAUGUAUGUAAAUGUUAAUUUUUUUUUUUCUGUCUGUAAAUGGGAAAUGAUGUAACUGAGUUAUAGGUUUGAGGUUUCAUUUUGUAACUUAAAGCGGGGUUGAUUGGAGGAACAUAUCACAGUCGUCGGCUAAAAGCGGAUAAAAUAAGACAAAAAGCAGAUGUGAAAUCAUUCUGUCCUUUAAACUUGUAGAUUUUAAAACUAUUUUUACUUCGUAUUUAUCAUGCUUAGUGUAAUUGAAUGAAAUGUUUAUAAUUACACUGUUUAAUAUGAAAAUAAAUGCAAAUGAACUUCUCA